AUGAAGGGUGUAGAGAUGUUGCGCAGAGAGCAACGGUGGAGGUACCUGUCUCGGGGCCGGAGGCGGGGGCCGGGGCGGGGGCCGGGGCGGGCGCGGGGUCGGGUCGCGCGCGCCGCUGGUGCGGCUCGGUGGCGAACCAGCGCCAGGGCAGGCGCCGACGCCGCGCGGCGCUCUCCAGCAGCCAGGCGGCGCGCACCACCGGCACCGCCGCGCCGCCCGGGGCCGCACGCACCGCGCGCAGCUUCGGCGUGUUCGGGAACGCGCAACUGUAACGUGCGCUACUGUGUCAUACCACGCUUAGGCGCUCACACUCCAGUACCCGGGCGGCGCGCACCACCGGCACCGCCGCGCCGCCCGGGGCCGCACGCACCGCGCGCAGCUUCGGCGUGUUCGGGAACGCGCAACUGUAACGUGCGCUACUGUGUCAUACCACGCUUAGGCGCUCACACUCCAGUACCCGGGCGGCGCGCACCACCGGCACCGCCGCGCCGCCCGGGGCCGCACGCACCGCGCGCAGCUUCGGCGUGUUCGGGAACGCGCAACUGUAACGUGCGCUACUGUGUCAUACCACGCUUAGGCGCUCACACUCCAGUACCCGGGCGGCGCGCACCACCGGCACCGCCGCGCCGCCCGGGGCCGCACGCACCGCGCGCAGCUUCGGCGUGUUCGGGAACGCGCAACUGUAACGUGCGCUACUGUGUCAUACCACGCUUAGGCGCUCACACUCCAGUACCCGGGCGGCGCGCACCACCGGCACCGCCGCGCCGCCCGGGGCCGCACGCACCGCGCGCAGCUUCGGCGUGUUCGGGAACGCGCAACUGUAACGUGCGCUACUGUGUCAUACCACGCUUAGGCGCUCACACUCCAGUACCCGGGCGGCGCGCACCACCGGCACCGCCGCGCCGCCCGGGGCCGCACGCACCGCGCGCAGCUUCGGCGUGUUCGGGAACGCGCAACUGUAACGUGCGCUACUGUGUCAUACCACGCUUAGGCGCUCACACUCCAGUACCCGGGCGGCGCGCACCACCGGCACCGCCGCGCCGCCCGGGGCCGCACGCACCGCGCGCAGCUUCGGCGUGUUCGGGAACGCGCAACUGUAACGUGCGCUACUGUGUCAUACCACGCUUAGGCGCUCACACUCCAGUACCCGGGCGGCGCGCACCACCGGCACCGCCGCGCCGCCCGGGGCCGCACGCACCGCGCGCAGCUUCGGCGUGUUCGGGAACGCGCAACUGUAACGUGCGCUACUGUGUCAUACCACGCUUAGGCGCUCACACUCCAGUACCCGGGCGGCGCGCACCACCGGCACCGCCGCGCCGCCCGGGGCCGCACGCACCGCGCGCAGCUUCGGCGUGUUCGGGAACGCGCAACUGUAACGUGCGCUACUGUGUCAUACCACGCUUAGGCGCUCACACUCCAGUACCCGGGCGGCGCGCACCACCGGCACCGCCGCGCCGCCCGGGGCCGCACGCACCGCGCGCAGCUUCGGCGUGUUCGGGAACGCGCAACUGUAACGUGCGCUACUGUGUCAUACCACGCUUAGGCGCUCACACUCCAGUACCCGGGCGGCGCGCACCACCGGCACCGCCGCGCCGCCCGGGGCCGCACGCACCGCGCGCAGCUUCGGCGUGUUCGGGAACGCGCAACUGUAACGUGCGCUACUGUGUCAUACCACGCUUAGGCGCUCACACUCCAGUACCCGGGCGGCGCGCACCACCGGCACCGCCGCGCCGCCCGGGGCCGCACGCACCGCGCGCAGCUUCGGCGUGUUCGGGAACGCGCAACUGUAACGUGCGCUACUGUGUCAUACCACGCUUAGGCGCUCACACUCCAGUACCCGGGCGGCGCGCACCACCGGCACCGCCGCGCCGCCCGGGGCCGCACGCACCGCGCGCAGCUUCGGCGUGUUCGGGAACGCGCAACUGUAACGUGCGCUACUGUGUCAUACCACGCUUAGGCGCUCACACUCCAGUACCCGGGCGGCGCGCACCACCGGCACCGCCGCGCCGCCCGGGGCCGCACGCACCGCGCGCAGCUUCGGCGUGUUCGGGAACGCGCAACUGUAACGUGCGCUACUGUGUCAUACCACGCUUAGGCGCUCACACUCCAGUACCCGGGCGGCGCGCACCACCGGCACCGCCGCGCCGCCCGGGGCCGCACGCACCGCGCGCAGCUUCGGCGUGUUCGGGAACGCGCAACUGUAACGUGCGCUACUGUGUCAUACCACGCUUAGGCGCUCACACUCCAGUACCCGGGCGGCGCGCACCACCGGCACCGCCGCGCCGCCCGGGGCCGCACGCACCGCGCGCAGCUUCGGCGUGUUCGGGAACGCGCAACUGUAACGUGCGCUACUGUGUCAUACCACGCUUAGGCGCUCACACUCCAGUACCCGGGCGGCGCGCACCACCGGCACCGCCGCGCCGCCCGGGGCCGCACGCACCGCGCGCAGCUUCGGCGUGUUCGGGAACGCGCAACUGUAACGUGCGCUACUGUGUCAUACCACGCUUAGGCGCUCACACUCCAGUACCCGGGCGGCGCGCACCACCGGCACCGCCGCGCCGCCCGGGGCCGCACGCACCGCGCGCAGCUUCGGCGUGUUCGGGAACGCGCAACUGUAACGUGCGCUACUGUGUCAUACCACGCUUAGGCGCUCACACUCCAGUACCCGGGCGGCGCGCACCACCGGCACCGCCGCGCCGCCCGGGGCCGCACGCACCGCGCGCAGCUUCGGCGUGUUCGGGAACGCGCAACUGUAACGUGCGCUACUGUGUCAUACCACGCUUAGGCGCUCACACUCCAGUACCCGGGCGGCGCGCACCACCGGCACCGCCGCGCCGCCCGGGGCCGCACGCACCGCGCGCAGCUUCGGCGUGUUCGGGAACGCGCAACUGUAACGUGCGCUACUGUGUCAUACCACGCUUAGGCGCUCACACUCCAGUACCCGGGCGGCGCGCACCACCGGCACCGCCGCGCCGCCCGGGGCCGCACGCACCGCGCGCAGCUUCGGCGUGUUCGGGAACGCGCAACUGUAACGUGCGCUACUGUGUCAUACCACGCUUAGGCGCUCACACUCCAGUACCCGGGCGGCGCGCACCACCGGCACCGCCGCGCCGCCCGGGGCCGCACGCACCGCGCGCAGCUUCGGCGUGUUCGGGAACGCGCAACUGUAACGUGCGCUACUGUGUCAUACCACGCUUAGGCGCUCACACUCCAGUACCCGGGCGGCGCGCACCACCGGCACCGCCGCGCCGCCCGGGGCCGCACGCACCGCGCGCAGCUUCGGCGUGUUCGGGAACGCGCAACUGUAACGUGCGCUACUGUGUCAUACCACGCUUAGGCGCUCACACUCCAGUACCCGGGCGGCGCGCACCACCGGCACCGCCGCGCCGCCCGGGGCCGCACGCACCGCGCGCAGCUUCGGCGUGUUCGGGAACGCGCAACUGUAACGUGCGCUACUGUGUCAUACCACGCUUAGGCGCUCACACUCCAGUACCCGGGCGGCGCGCACCACCGGCACCGCCGCGCCGCCCGGGGCCGCACGCACCGCGCGCAGCUUCGGCGUGUUCGGGAACGCGCAACUGUAACGUGCGCUACUGUGUCAUACCACGCUUAGGCGCUCACACUCCAGUACCCGGGCGGCGCGCACCACCGGCACCGCCGCGCCGCCCGGGGCCGCACGCACCGCGCGCAGCUUCGGCGUGUUCGGGAACGCGCAACUGUAACGUGCGCUACUGUGUCAUACCACGCUUAGGCGCUCACACUCCAGUACCCGGGCGGCGCGCACCACCGGCACCGCCGCGCCGCCCGGGGCCGCACGCACCGCGCGCAGCUUCGGCGUGUUCGGGAACGCGCAACUGUAACGUGCGCUACUGUGUCAUACCACGCUUAGGCGCUCACACUCCAGUACCCGGGCGGCGCGCACCACCGGCACCGCCGCGCCGCCCGGGGCCGCACGCACCGCGCGCAGCUUCGGCGUGUUCGGGAACGCGCAACUGUAACGUGCGCUACUGUGUCAUACCACGCUUAGGCGCUCACACUCCAGUACCCGGGCGGCGCGCACCACCGGCACCGCCGCGCCGCCCGGGGCCGCACGCACCGCGCGCAGCUUCGGCGUGUUCGGGAACGCGCAACUGUAACGUGCGCUACUGUGUCAUACCACGCUUAGGCGCUCACACUCCAGUACCCGGGCGGCGCGCACCACCGGCACCGCCGCGCCGCCCGGGGCCGCACGCACCGCGCGCAGCUUCGGCGUGUUCGGGAACGCGCAACUGUAACGUGCGCUACUGUGUCAUACCACGCUUAGGCGCUACGACCGUUUGCUGA